AUGCCCGAAGAUGGUACUUUAUGGACUAUCUGUGGUGCUGCUAUUAUUGGUUAUGGUCUUGCUCGUUUGGGUGCAAGCGCUUUUCAGGAACUUCGUAAUGCUGUUUUUGCUGCUGUAGCACAAAAGGCAAUUCGUCGUGUGGCUCUUAAUGUUUUUUCUCAUCUUCAUAAACUGGAUCUUGGAUUUCAUCUUACUCGACAAACAGGUGGACUAAAUCGUGCAAUUGAUCGUGGUACAAAAGGUAUAAGUUUUAUGGUGAGCUCUAUGGUAUUUCAUGUUUUGCCUACUGCUUUAGAAAUCAGUAUGGUUUGUGGUAUUUUGGCUUAUAAAUUUGGUACACCUUAUGCAUUGGUUACAUUGGGUACGAUUGCUGCCUACACAGGCUAUACUGUCACUACAACUGCUUGGAGAACAAAGUUUAGAAAACAGGCCAAUGCCGCUGAUAAUGUGGCUGCAUCUAAAGCUGUUGAUUCAUUAAUUAACUUUGAAGCUGUUAAGUACUUUAACAAUGAAAAAUUCGAAGCUGAACAAUACGACAAACCCCUUCAACAAUACGAAAAGGCAUCACUCAAAGUAGCUUCUAGUCUAGCCAUGCUGAAUGCAGGCCAAAAUGCUAUUUUCAGUACUUCUUUAACCAUCAUGAUGCUUUUAUCAGCCCAUGGUGUGCUCAAUGGCACAAUGACAGUAGGUGAUGUUGUGAUGGUCAAUCAACUUGUGUUUCAAUUAUCCAUGCCUUUGAACUUUUUGGGUUCUGUCUACCGCGAACUUAGACAAUCUUUGAUUGAUAUGGACACUUUAUUUAACUUGGAAAACCGUGCUCCUCUUGUUCAAGAUGCUCCUGAUGCUAAAGAGUUUGUUUUCAAGGGCGGUGAAAUUCGAUUUGAGAAUGUCAAAUUUGGUUAUCAUCCUGAGCGACCUAUUUUGAAUGGUGUAUCCUUUACUGUCCCUGCUGGUGCCAAGGCUGCUUUCGUGGGUCCCAGUGGCUGUGGUAAAUCCACUAUUCUCCGACUGCUUUUCCGUUUUUAUGAGCCGCAAUCAGGCAAUAUCUAUGUCGAUGGUCAAAACAUCAAGGAAGUAACCAUGGACAGUCUUCGCAGAGCCAUUGGUGUUGUUCCUCAAGACACUACCUUAUUUAACAACUCUGUUUACUACAAUAUCAACUAUGGCCGUAUUGAUGCUACCAAAGAAGAUGUUUAUGAAGCUGCUAAACGAGCCCGUAUUCAUCAUGUGAUCAUGUCAUUGCCCGAGAAAUACGAUUCAACUGUUGGCGAACGUGGUUUGAUGUUAUCAGGUGGUGAGAAGCAACGUAUCUCACUUGCUCGAACUAUUCUCAAGAAGCCUCGUAUCUUGUUUUUGGAUGAGGCUACUUCUGCUUUAGAUACACAUACGGAACAAUCUUUAUUAGCCAAUUUUAGAAGUAUUUUACGUGAAAGUGGCAUGACCAGUCUUCAUAUCGCUCAUCGACUUAGAACCAUUGCUGACGCAGAUAAGAUUUUUGUACUCAAGAAAGGCAAAGUAGUCGAGUCUGGUAGUCAUAACGAAUUAUUAGCAAUAGAAGACAGUGUCUAUAACAAUAUGUGGAUAAAGCAAGAAAGCACAAAUGCUUAUUUUGAUGAACUGGAUAAACAUGAACAAGACUAUAAUCAAGACAAUGAUCGAAGAAAAUAG